AAGCUGAGUUCGGAUGUUCAGCACGAGUGCAAAUACACAGCAUAUGGCUUCGCACGUGCAGUACAAUAUUGGGCGGACAAGGCCAUUUUGGAGGUUGGGAAGAGGUAUGGCAAGAAUCACGGGAUUUGGUUCCCCAGGAUGCUUAGCUGGACGAGCGAGGACGAUAUUGGGAAGAAAGACGUCAGCGCAUUAUUUUCUAGACGGGUAUGAUUUUCACUUAUGUUCAGAAUAAUUAUUUAACAUAAAUGCUUGUAAUAAAUGCUAAAUGGUUCUAUUUUGAUAUUUUUUGAACCAUAAACAGAAUCUUGAAGUGGUGAAGGGACUACUUCCACGGACAGAGGAGGAGGCAUUUGUGAGGACCAUAUCUUACGAUGGUGUGGAGAACCUGGUUGAUGAUGGUGUGGAUGACACAGAGGCUGAGGCAGGUAGUCAGGUACCAGAGACUCAGGUCCCAGACACUCAGGUACCAAUUUUUGGAACUUUUAUUUUUAUGUCUUUAUUUUUUAUUGUUUUUGUUUUGUGAUAUUUGUUACAUUGUGGAAUUAUCGUAUGCUUACCGUAUUUUUUUGAUAUAUAUUUUUUCAGGCCACUGGUUCAGAACCUCAGCCCAGUGCACCAUCUUCAUCAGGCGUUCGGGGUGCCGAGUACACUGAUUUAGUGGCGAGGUUGGAUAGGAUCGAGGCUGACACUCAGGGUCUGUAUGCUGCUCAUGUCGAGCUGAAGAAGGCAUACGAGACCAGCCAUGUAGAGCUGAAGGGUGGUCAGAACGUAAUUAUGGAGCAGCUCAGAGACAUAUUGGCCAUGUUGAAUCGUCCGCCAACGACAGCUUCAGCACCGGAGGCCCCAACAGAUCCAUCUACCCCACCACCAGCUGCUUCACCCCCAGUAGAAGAGGAGGAGGUCUUCCCCGACGAUUACGAUCCUUAUGAGGGAGCUCCAGCGACUCCGAUCGAGGCACAACCUGUUAUCCAUGUACAUGACACCGAGUCGCAGGGUGAGAUUAUGUCGAUAGAGGCACAACAUGCAGUGGUUAAGAGUCGGAAGAGGGAGAGAAAGCCUCCUGUAUGGUUCGGUGACUAUACGGAGAUGAAGAGGAGACAUAGGCCAUCUUCAAAUUUUGAUCCCCUGGAGCCACCGGAUGAGAAAUUGUUAACCACUUUCCGAAAGUGGUGUGUUGGACUCAUUCCGAACCACCGACUUCGGGAUUUGAGAAGUGGUGAUUACGGUCCAGGAUUCUUUUGGAUAAUGCUCACACCAAAGGAAUGGCUUACAGAUGACCAUAUAGAUGCAGCAAUGCAUAUGCUGAGGAGGCGACGCACCGACUAUCCACUGACAUUUCCUCAGAAGGGUGUCAUUCUCUCCACAUUCGUGACCAGCAUGAUCAGCAGUGCAUGGACGAGCCACAAGGGUCCGAGGAGAAACUUUGUGUGGGAGGAUUAUAUCCUGGACUACUGCAGAUGGGUUCAUAAGGUAUUGUUUUAGUAAGAUUUUAAAUGUUAAUUGUUUGGGAGGAUUAUUAUGGUUUGUUAAUUGUUUCGUUGUUCUCUGUAAUUACAGUCCCAAGUCUUUGAGAGAUGGAGGGGUAACGAGUUUAUUUACUUCGUUCUGAACCUUCCCGAGGCAAGGCACUGGGUCACACUUGAAGUCGACAUAGAGCUGUGGAAAAUUAAUGUCUACGACUGU